GGUAAGCUACUGCAAGGGGGCGACAUCACUCGCUUUGACGGCUCGGGGGGUGAGAGCAUUUGGGCCAAGAAAUUCAACGACGAGAAAAAGGGAUUGCUCAGGAAACUGGACAAACCAGGACUCUUGGCGAUGGCCAAUUCGGGCAAGAACUCCAACACGUCACAGUACUUUCUGACCACUACACCGUUACCAAAG